ACCGCUUGUUUCAGGUUUAAAAUCCAGUGCAAGUUCCGGCCAGUCAAGUUCCAGCUUGGGGAAAAGAAAGGUUGAAGAUAAGAAAGGCAAAAAGAGGCAUAAGAAACGUAAACUAUGGUACGUUAAUUUUUGUAGUCAUGUAUGUAUACUUGGCUAAGGAGAAACACCUUGUUGCUUCGUGCAAUUUAUCGUGCUCAAAUUAUUGAAGUCAAUUAAUUUGCUGCUUCGUAAAGUUAGUUACUAGAAAUCUACCAAACAUUGCUAGGCCUAGAAUUUUCUCCAGUUAAUUUCUGAACUUUAAGUACUUUAAUUGAUUUCAAGAGAGCAAUUUCUCGAUAUCAUGUACUAAUCCGUUAAUAUAUAUUAGUCCCAUUGUUUAUAGUUUUAUUUUACUCUAUGUUUGUAACUGUUUUUCUCAAAGAUAUUAUCAUUCAUUAUACUGUUCGAUGUAUGUACAGCAUGUGUAUACAUGUACAUUACUGUAUGCGAUUCGGUUUUAUGCAUCCCAUUUGAACACAAAAGAGAAAUCGUGGAGAUUUCAAUACUGUUCCGAGUUCGUCUCGUUCUAUGGAUUCUGUUGGGCUGUGGGUACGAAGCGAUACUGUAUUGGCAAUUGAUCAUCAUUUUCCCAUGCAUGGCCGGAUUAUUUUGCUAGUUAUAAUCAAUGAUUCAACUUUUCGUCUUGUAGGCAUGACAUAGACGAAGAUCUAAGCAGCGAUAGCGGGGAAGAAAGUGACACUAAAUCGUCUUGUUCAUCGAUGGCUGACAGCGACUACAGCGUUUCUGGAAGCUCUGGCAAAGGCUCUAGCACGACAACAACCAACGAACUUCAAUCUAGAAACACAUCCGAAAACGAAAACAAUGAUGGCAAUCCUAGCCUAUGUGAGGAAAACGUUCAUAGUUUUGAACCGGAAACAGUUGAUACCAAAACGAAAGGUGAAUUAAACGAACACCAAAAAGAAGUUGCCCUGACAGACACUAAAAACCACGAACAGUUAGAUAAACCCAAAAGAGACCAACAAGAAGCAGUAAUUUCAGAAGAGACCAGUCUUACUGACACUAAUAAGUCACCUGUGUCGAAAGUAGGAACGGAGAAACAAGUGUCAAAAUUACAAGAUACGGAAGCCCGUGAAAAUACAGCAAAAUGUCAUGAUAGCAGUUGUAAUACAAAGAGUGAAGUGUGUUCAAGUAAUUCAACAAGUUCUGCCACUAUUGUUGAAAGGAAUUGUGAUGAUUCGGAGAAGAAAAAAGAUGAAUUAUCGAGUGGUGAAAGUGUGCAAGAUAGAACGUCUAGUAGUUCGGUAAGUUGUAAUUCAGUGCGUAUUUCGAAACUGGUCUGUAUUCGAACUGUCCAGACAAACUACUGUAGCUACUGUAGAAUAGCGCGGUCAGUCUCAUGCGUAUAUAGUUACUAACUACUGGGGCGGGUUGUACGAAGG